CGGGAUUGACAGGUGGGCCUACCUGUCUUAUAGAGGCUGGUUGGUCUCUUCUGGCAUCAUCUUGCAAAACCUCCAAUACAUGCAGACUGGGACAGCUACAGUACAUUUACAAUGCUGCUUGCACCUGUUUUAUUUUUGUUUGUAUCUUCCUUGAAGAUUGUCUCUGGGGCAGAUUGGUGCUACCAGUCUCAAGUCACAUGCAAUCACGCCUGCGCAGGUCCAGACGUAUGGGAGGUGGUUUCACAGCACUGCAGCGGCAGAUCUCAGUCUCCGGUUAACAUUGUCACAAGGAGGUUGCUGCCAGAUGAACGUCUUACUCCUUUUCACUUCAUUGGCUAUCAAGAAACCUUUCACGGACACCUUAUCAACAAUGGUCACAGUGUUCAACUGGAUUUGCCCUUCAGUAUAAGGAUCAAAGGGGGAAAUCUGCCUGCGACAUACAAGGCACUUCAGCUUCAUCUGCACUGGGGCAAAGAUGGAGGACCCGGAUCUGAACACACGAUUGAUGGAGAACAAUUUCCAAUGGAGAUGCAUAUCGUCCACAUAAAAGAAGAGUACGACUCUUUAUCUCAGGCUGUAAGAGAUGACACAGGUGUGGCAGUUCUUGGAUUUUUCUUUCAGGAGUCCAGGUCUGCAAAUAAGAAAUUUGAUCCUCUUAUAAAUGCUCUGAAAUUUGUCAGACAACCCGUCAGCAGCACAACACUGAAGGGUGUGUCCCUGGAAAUGUUCACACAACUUCCGAAGAAUAUGGCCAAGUACUUUCGCUACAAUGGCUCCCUCACUACACCUGAUUGCACUGAAGCUGUCAUCUGGAGCCUGUUUGAAAGCACCAUUCCUCUCAGCAAGGAGCAGAUCAGUGCAUUUUCCCAUCUUCAGUUUUCUGAUGGAAAGCAGAUGGUGAGAACCUACAGACCAGUGCAGCCCAUGAACGGACGGCAGAUUUAUUACUCUGGUGGCCAUGUUGCUUUGGUUAGCACUGUGUCACUCAUCACGUCAGUGCUGGUGUCCAGUGGACUCUCUCUGCACACUACAGGAUAAAAGUUAUUUUAUCAUUAUGAAUAAAUAUUGCCAGAUACAUGGAACAUCAUGAACUGUAUAUAUAGAAGUAAAUUUAUGUCAAACUACAAAACAAGCCAAUCCUAGCAUGUGUCAGGUGACUCUUUUUUUCUACUGUAUAUAAAGUAUAACUUGUAUAUUUAAGUUUCAGAUUUAGCAUCUUUUUUUAACAAAUGGCACUGAAGUUUACCAAUCUAUCAAUUGUUUUCACUUUUACAAAGUUACCAUGACGGAUGACUGAGGAAUUUGAGCUUUGAUUUGUACUUCAAAAAAAUCUGACUUUGGUAUGUACUGUUUCCUCUUAGAUGUUUCUAAAGUAUCAUGUAAUUAAUGAAUAAUAAACGAAGAAUGUUUUUGUAUUUUUCAGGGGUUGGUCAGAAUAACAGAUAUGUCAUAAUGUUGUGUUAUACAUCCACAUUUAGUGAACAUACUGAACUUAUAUUCUUCAAUUUGUAGGCCUUAGGAACCUAAAUUAUCAGCAUUUAAAGUAUAACUUGAAAAUGGGCCAACAAGACAAGCAAGUCUCUUAAGUCUGUCCAUCAAUUUUUUUUUUCUAAAACAUUUUUAUCUCAGUGUGCAUAGUCUUGCGUACAUGCCAGGCUACCAAUCAUUUUAUGGAAGCUAAAGGGGAUCCAAAUAAAGAAUGAAGACCAUACUCCUUGCAUCCAUGCCAUGAUGUCUGUAAAACUAUUUUAUUUUGAAAAUUUCCCCUUGUUCAGACUAUUGCUGGAAGUGUCACCUCCACUAACGUCCACUAUGUGGCAGCACUGAACAAGCCAGAAGUUUUGGAUUCUGCUUGCAUGCAGCACUUCUUUCAGUUAUUAUUUUUGACUUGCCAACAAACCCAAAGACAUGAAGUAAUGAGAGAGUAUUUGGUUGGCAGGACUCGGAUACAUGUUUUGUUUUUUUUUUACAUCUGAGAGGUUCAGACUUACCAGCGGCUCCACGAUUAUAACUGUUCUAACAUGGUUUAAUUUAAUACCUUUAAUAACUUCUUUUUUCUGUUGAUGAAAUAAACCAUUGCGGUACUCAGCAGCAGUCAUUUCAAAGUACAUUUACAGCAACCACAACA